CAGAAACAUUGUUCCUAGCAUCUUUGUGCCUCUCCAGGAAGACAUCACCCAGCCCACGGACAUGCCACGGGAUAGGGUCGAGAGGCUGAAGUGGAUCCUAAAAACCAUCGAGUCUCAGCGAACGGGUGUGAGGGAGAACAUGAUCUAUCUCUUCGAACGAGAGAGGGACCGGAUACUGGCCGAGGGUCGGGAGAAGGAAGCAACGCUGGGAACUCCGGAUACACGAUCGGGCAUACCUCCAGAUGAGGUAGACUGGAUGAUCAGCAAUAUGGAGGCACCUCACCAGCCCGGGCUCGAUUACAAUGUGCAAAACCUGCCCCCUCGAAGCUUUGGGCUGCCACCGGCCGGCUUAUCAAACCGAGAGGAAACGAUCUGGCAACUCCUGGACCUUGUCGAGAACGCCAUAGCACAGACACAGGGCUACGACAAGCACAUGAGCGAUAUCAAAAACUACUACCACGGGAAGCUGGAGAAGGAAAUACAAAAGAUAGACGAGAUUGGCAAGCGCCCAGAGGAGCGAUCAAAGACCAGGCCAUGAGGAGAAGAAGCCUUACGGCACGGCAUUCCCAACGACAACCAGACUGGGAGCAGAUGAGCAUCUCCAGGGUCCUUUGUCUUACUACGAUGGAGAGGCUCUCUUGCCCAGCUAGCGAGGGUGUCGAGACUGGGCUGGACAGGGCCGAGGGUGUCAGGGACGACACAUCUAGGUCAAAGGAAUGUGGCUACCGGCGGUAAGAAACAGUACUCAUCGAGCUGUAAAAAACCCUCGUAUGCAUCCAAAUCGGAGCCAAGUUUCGAUCUAGAGCACAAGAUAGAGGAGGACUUGAUAGAAGCAGUAGCAUUGCUUUAGAAGCAACACUCCACCCAAGCUCACCUACAAUAAAAUGUGCCCA